AUGGUUAAAUCGUUAUCAGUUAACAAUAACAAUACAAAUAAAGAUUCAGUAUCCGAAAAAAGAGAUAUUUUUGGCAGAAAUUUAUCAUGCCUAUUGGCAUACACAUCUUCAACUACUACUAAAAAUAUAUCAUCAAUUAAUGCAGAAACACAAGAGCUAGAAAGUGGUUAUUCUCCCCUACAUAUCUGCCUGAGGUUGGGACAUAUACACCAAUCCUAUUUAAUUAAUGAAAAUUGGAAAAAAAUUGUAAAGGGAAAACAUGUUAAAGAUGAAAAACUUGAAAAGGAGAAAAUUUGGAGAAUAAAAGAUAGAGAAGGUCUAAAUCCUUUGGAAUUAUAUAAAACAGAUAAUAAUAUGUGGAAUUCUAACAAUAUAUACCCAUUAUCUCUUCACAACGGGAAUAUAACUUACACUAAAAGGGAUAUCAAGAAGAAUGAAGAAGUUUUUCGCAGAAAAAAGGUUAAAACAUCCAUUGAUUUGAGGCGGAUAAAUGAUAUUUAUCUAAAUAAAAGGGGAGGCAGGGAGUUAUAUACAUUUGGUAGCAAUAUUAAUAUGCAACUAGGGACUGGUGAUUCUGAUGAUCGAAGAUCGCUAUUUAAAAUUGACGAAUUCAAAUUGUACGGGGCUGUUGAUAAUAAUAACUAUAGAAAACCUAAAAGGUUUAAACGGGUUUUGAUGCACAAAUACCAUUCUAUUCUACAGACAUUAAACGAUGAAAUAUACACUUGCGGCAAUGGUGUGAAGGGAAGGCUAGGCAUACCUUCUUUGAAAAGAUCACUAGUUUUCAAGAAAGUUGAACUCCCAUUGGGCUUGAGCAUUAAACAAAUUGUUUCCAGUGACAACCAUACAUUGAUUUUAAGUAAACAAAACGAAUUAAUUAGCUGGGGUUCCAAUAAUUAUAAUCAAUUGGGGUAUCCCACUGAUACACUUACACAAAAUAUUAGUAUCUCCUCCGAAAAGUAUAAUGACUCGCCGAGGAAACUAAGCUCCCAUUUAUGGAAAAGAAGCGGUGGUGGUUCUAAGAUUUUAUUUGUGGGUUGUUCCAAUGUUCAUUCCUGUAUAAUUGAUAACAUGCAUUAUUUGCACUCUUGGGGGUUAGAUUUGGGCCAAAUGGGUAACUCACAUUCGCCCAUUGACAAAUUAUCUGUGCAAUAUAAAAAUAAAUUCAAAGGGUAUAUAAAAAGCACGCCGUAUUUGUUUAAACUUCCAAGCAAUGUGAAAAUUAUUAAACAGUUAUUAUGUACAGAUUUUGCUACAUUUGUGUUACACGAUGAGAAUGAGUUAAUCGUUUUAACCAACAGUAAAAUUUUAAAAUUUUCAAUCCCAAGGUUAGGUCAACAACAAAAUUCCUUUGAAAAAUUUAUUCCGACUGCAUUAACAAGACAAAAUUUAGUUGUUGAAUUGAAAUGUACCAAUAUGUAUGGUAAUAAUCUAUGUGCUCUCUAUGAAAACGGUACCAUAGGUAUUUUUCACUCAAAAAAUUUUGUGGAUAAUUCCUCAUGGCUAACAAUCCAAAACAAUAUUUUACCCUUUGAGUUGUAUUGGUUACCAUACUUUGAAUUAAAUAACUGUUUAGACUUCCAAGUGGGUUAUGACGGCCAGCUUAUUUUAACCACCCUUGGUGGCGAUAUUUUUUACUCUAACACUGUUUCAACCACUUCGUUUGAAAAAAAUAUGAGUAGCAAAUUGUUAAGCGGUAGAUGUAUCAGAGUUUCUUCCAAUGCUCAAUUUUCAUCUUUUGCCAUAAUAAAAGAUGAUGUAGAUAUGAUUCCAAUGAGUAUCACAAAAAAUAGAUUUUACCUGGAUUUUAGGAAAUUUUCACCUAUAUAUGAAAAUUUGGGAGGUGCCGUUGAAGAGGGUGAAUACAGAAUGUUAAAUUUUAUAAAUAAUGUACAAAGUAGCACAACUGACAAGGAGCACGGAAUUAUUCUAAAUGCUGAAUUUGAUGAUGGUGAUGAUGACGACGACGACGAUGAUGACGACGGUGACGGCAAAAAGGAAGAACUUACUGGAGAAAUAGAUAAAACUAAAGGUUCAUACUUGUUAAGAGCUAUGUCAACGAGGUGGAAAGCAACCAAUGCAGGUUUUAACUACAAAGAUGCAUUUAUGAAGACCUCGAAUAUUUCUUUAAUAAAUGAAGAACAGUUAUCCUUUAUUAGAAAUGACUAUCUUAAUUAUGAUGUUUUAUUUUUUGAUGGGAACAAUUGUGUUGGUAAAUGUCACAAAUCGUUGUUAUAUACUAGAUGUCCCACUUUCGUUAGUAAUAUGAAAACUUUUCAAACACAAGUAUCUUCUAAUAAUAAAGUUAAAUUUGAGCUAAGGACAGCUGUUGACUCUAAAAUAUGGGAAAUAUGCAUAUCAAAUAACUCAGACAACAUAUCACACUUCAAUACCACAUCGUUGAAGUAUGCUCUCCACUAUAUGUACAGUGACGAACUUUUAAAAUUUCAUGGUAAUAUAAAAAAUAAAAAAGAAUUAGAGUUAUCCACAAUGAACUUUAUUAACGAGCUAGGGAUGAAUGUAACUGCCUUUGAAGACGAUAAGUUGGCUUACAAUGUUAAAAACCUGUACUAUCGAUUACUUGAAAAUAAAUGCGAUAAGGGAGAUGGAGAAAUCGAUUUCUACCAAGAUGUUACGAUUAAAUUGAGCGAUGGAGAAACGAUCAAAUGCCACUCCUUAAUAUUAUCUGCCAGAAGUUUAUAUUUCAAGUCAUUGUUUCAAUAUAACUGGCAGGACAAUGAAGUUGUUGAUUUGUGCUUUUAUACCUAUGAUGAAGUAAUGUGUGUUUUAAAAUACAUAUAUGGAUUUGAUAUUUAUGAGAUGUUUAUUACUGAUAAUUGUAACGAUGUUGAACAUUUAAAUUUUGAGAAUUGCGAAGAUUUUGUUAACUUUUUAGUCAAUAUUCAAAAGUUGUGUGACUUUUUAUUAUUGGAUGAUUUAAAAGCUUCGGUAGAAAGCAUAUUGGCUGACUAUAUUUCUUCAUCUUCCGUAGUUCCAUUACUAAUAAAUUCUUUUACUAUGCACUGUAGUAACUUAUUUAUCGAGUGUUGUUGGUACUUAUUUAAUAAUAUUGGAUUAUUAUAUAAUGAUGAGAACACUAUUAUAAUCAAUGAGUAUUUUAGUACUGAAUUGUGGAUUUCUUUGGAAAAAAGUAUUAGAGACAUGAUGAAUAAAAAUACACUUGUUGGGAAAGAAAAGUCAUGGUAUGAAUUAGGCCAUAAUAUCGAAUACUUGGAGCUAUUUAAGAAGGAUAUUUCUAAAUUUAAUAAAAUUUUCAUGGAUUCAAAAAAGCCGUUUAAACCAUUGUUUGAUAACAAAAGGAAAGGCAAGUAUAUUCAUAGUAAUAAUGUCACAGGUAACACCUAUGGCAGCACAAGCGAAUAUCAAUUUAAUGACGAAUCAAACCAAGUAAAUGGUGUUGGUGCACCACAUAGCAGAAGAGCUUCAUCUUCAGUAUCCUCAUUACGAAGAACUUCAUCAACGCACUCAAAUGAAGAACUAUUAGCCUUUAGAAGAAAUAGUUUUGUUAGAACCAAAUUUUCAGAACUGGGAAUAAGUAUGAGUGCAAAUGCCAUAUCAGAUGAUGAUGAUUCUACAAACGAUGGAUUUAUAGCAGUUCAAAGGAAUCCAGCUGUCCGCCGGAAGAGUUGCUUAGGAAAAGCUUUACCCAAUCUAUCGAGCAAUAAAAACAAUAAUACUAACUUACCCUUGAGAAGGACAUCACAGAGCACUCCGGUAGAGGAUGAAUCUAUACUUUUGGUACCACAAACGAGCAUUAUCAAAUUUGAAAAUAUUAAAUUGAAAAAUAGUACUGAGAACUGUAACAACACCCAAAAAUCCAAUAUGCCGUCAAAAUUUGUGGAAUUUUUCCCCUCAAUAGAUCAAGCUAUUUAUUCCAAUAGCAAUUUAAAAAAAACUCCUGAUGAAAACAUUAAUACUUCCACCAAAGACUCUAAACUUUUGGAUAAAGCAACUGCUGAGAAUCUAUUGAAAAAGGUGCAACCUGUGAAGAAGCUUUCACAAAAAGAAAGAUUGAAACACUUAACUUCAGAGCAUGUCAUUGAAGAUAAAAAAAAGACUAAAGUUAAUGUAUGGGGCAAGCGAAAUAAAGAGGGCAGUACUACCGAUAAGAAAGGUAAGUUUGUGGACGACUGUGCCAAUAAUAAGGACACUAAUGAUACUAUUACCAACAGUGGUAAUAUGAUUAGCCCUUUGCUUCCAUUCCCAUCACUAUCGGAAAUAGAUUCAUCCAGAAAUACAAUAGCGAAAAGAAAAAAUGGGAAUAUCCCUACAUUUAAUCCUAAAGGCUCCUCUUUUAUCAUCCCUAUUGCUACAAAUGAUAACAGCGAUAUUAACAAAAAAAACAAUUUUUUUACAACUAUGCCACUAACUUCGACUGGCGUUGUUGUUAAACCUAAUAGUAGUGCUAUUCCAAACUACUUAAAUAACACUAAGGAGAAAUUUAAGGCACAACUUGAAAAACCUCCCAAGACUUUUCAAGAAAAAUAUGAAGAAGAAAAAUUUGCACAGUGGUGGGAAGAGGAAACGAAAAAAGUUCAGCAACAGCUAAAAAAAGAGAAAGAGUACGAAGACGAACUAAAAAGGUUAUAUAAUCCCACAACAGCAACUAAGAAGAAUAAUGAUUGCAAUAAAAAUAAUGACCGUAGGAAUAAGAAAUUUAACCUUUCCAAAAAAAAAAAAAAAAACAAUGGCGAUAUUGAUACCGAACAUUCAAAAAAAGUCUGUAUACCCAUUAGAAAUAACAUUAAAAAAGAAAAAAAAGGAAAGAAAAAGGAAAAUGAUGAAACCAUGGGAUCUAAUAAUAACAAGAUUCACAUUAAACGAUAA